AUGCUCAAGAAAAGACAGGAGGGAAUAGCCUGCUUGGAGGACAUUCUGACGCUAACAGAGGAAAUUCUGGCACUUUCUAAAAUCACAGUUGACGAUAGGGAAAAAGAUAUCCACCGAGAAGUGCGAGAAGCCUUCCAAAUAAAAACCAAAACGGAGCUGCUGAUUCUCUCAAUAUCUACGCUGUACAACACAAUCAUAGACGUUGAGUCGUAUAGAGAGUGCAGCAGACUCUGGAAAGAGUCGCAGGAGAUAUCUCCAAAGAUACUGCAGCAGCAGAAAAAUCGAGACAUGCUCCGGCAGUAUCUGGAAAACAUGAACAUGGGGAAUAAAUAA